UGAUAAGAGCCUGCGCGGUCUCCUGGGUCUUUCCCCCGUCCUCCUCACCCACAAUCUUCAACGCCCCGUUAAGCUAUUCCCGCGGCAAAUCCGUCUCUAGGACUAGCGGGGCGUUCAAGCUCACCAACCCCCCCUUCGAGUUUUCAUCCUUCAUCAGUUUUAUUCGAUUCUUGAUAUUAUCCAUAUACUUAUAGAGAGAGAGAGAGAGAGAGAGAGAGAUUAGAUCGAGGAGUAGCGAUGGACGGUAUAAUGAACAAGCUUCGGAACCUGGACGCGUACCCGAAAAUUAACGAGGACUUCUACAGCCGCACGCUCUCCGGCGGCGUUAUCACUCUCGCCUCCUCCUUUGUCAUGAUCUUGCUCUUCAUCUCCGAGCUUCAAUUGUAUCUCCAUGCUGUAACUGAAACAAAGCUCGUGGUAGAUACUUCCAGAGGAGAAACACUACGCAUCAAUUUUGAUGUUACCUUUCCUGCCCUCCCAUGCUCUAUACUCAGUCUCGAUGCCAUGGACAUCAGUGGAGAGCAACAUCUUGACGUGAGACAUGACAUAAUCAAGAAAAGAUUAGAUGCUCAUGGAAAUGUUAUAGAAUCAAGACAAGAUGGAAUUGGUGCUCCUAAGAUUGAUAAGCCACUACAGAGACAUGGUGGCAGGCUCGAGCACAAUGAGACAUACUGUGGCUCCUGUUAUGGUGCAGAAACGGCAGAUGAAGAUUGUUGUAACACCUGUGAAGAUGUUCGUGAAGCAUAUCGAAAGAAAGGUUGGGGAAUGUCGAACCCAGAUCUGAUUGACCAGUGCAAAAGAGAAGGUUUUCUACAAAGGAUUAAAGACGAAGAAGGUGAAGGAUGCAAUAUAUAUGGAUUCUUGGAAGUCAAUAAGGUGGCAGGAAAUUUUCAUUUUGCACCUGGAAAAAGCUUCCAUCAGUCGGGCGUUCAUGUACAUGAUCUGCUAGCAUUUCAAAAGGAUAGUUUUAAUAUAAGUCACAAGAUCAAUAGAUUAACUUUUGGAGACUAUUUCCCUGGCGUUGUGAAUCCUCUGGAUGGGGUGCAAUGGACACACGAAACACCAAUUGGGAUGUAUCAGUAUUUCAUCAAGGUUGUACCUACAGUAUACUCAGAUGUGAGUGGGCACACCAUCCAGUCAAAUCAGUUCUCGGUGACUGAACAUUUUAGGAGUUCAGAACUAGGUCACUUUCAGUCCCUUCCAGGAGUAUUUUUUUUUUAUGAUCUUUCUCCAAUUAAGGUAACUUUCACAGAGGGGCACAUCUCAUUUUUACACUUCCUAACAAAUGUGUGCGCUAUUGUUGGAGGAGUUUUCACCGUUUCAGGAAUAUUGGAUUCAUUUAUAUAUCAUGGUCAAAGGGCGAUUAAGAAGAAGAUGGAAAUUGGUAAAUUUAGUUGAUGAUUGAUCUGGUUGGCAAUUGUCGCUGCUGUAUUUGGAUAUUUGGUCGGUAGAUGGCUUUAUGGUGAGGAGGGCUAAAUUAAGAGGAGGGAACUAUCCAAUUGACACUCCGUAAUUUUGG